AUGAGUGAGAUACAAGCUGAUUUUGAUGUACCUUCCACCAGCCGUGGUGUUAGUGAGCGGAAUGCCAAUGUGCUGACCGUGGCUGAAGUAGAAAAUAUGUGGAACCUAGUCAAAAUUUAUAAAAGAUUGGAUACGCGGGAGAAGUGCAUUGAAUUUGCCGAGGAACAGGGCCUUAUAUUACGUAACAAGUUGUGUCGCAUCCAUAAGGCACCGAUGCUUGUGUCAACCGCGGGAAACAAUACCGUCGGCCUUUUCCGAUGCCGCAAAGGGGUCUGCCGUUCUAGGGCUGCCACUUCAAGGGCCGCUGGGACGUGGUUUGAAAAUGCGAAGAUAUCGCUUCCACAUAUUUUUUAUCUUAUGUAUACAUAUGCUUCGCACUGGCCGCAGGCUCUCGUCAGGAAGGAGAAUUUUAUCGAGGGAUCCAUUUUAUCCAGCGCUACCAUCUGCGAUUGGUACAACUAUUGCCGUGAGGCAGUAGUAUUGUACGAAAUUGAUCAGCAGGAAGUUUUGGGGAAAAUUGGGGGCCCCGGUAAAAUUGUCCAAAUUGACGAGAGUAAGUUUGGCAAGCGAAAAUACAAUAAAGGCAGGAGAGUGGAAGGGCAUUGGGUCCUUGGAAUGCUGGAGGACGGCAGCGAGGAUAUUCGCUUGGAAGUGUGCCCUGAGAACAUUCGGUCGGCUGAGGUGCUCAUACCUCUGAUUAAGAAGCAUGUACUCGAAGGCAGCAUUAUUUGUACGGAUUAUUGGAAGGCGUAUGAUUGCCUUCCUAAUCACGGGUAUGAGCACCGGAAAGUUAACCACAGCGAUCCCGAUAAUCCCUUUGUAGCAGAAGACGGUACACACACGCAACGGAUUGAGCGGCAAUGGCGUGUAUUAAAAAGAUUUUUUACAAAGGAUAACUAUAAUAAUCCACAAAACUUUGCGGAUAUGAUGUUUGAGUACAUGUGGAGGAAAAAAAUCGCCCGAAAACAUGAGGAUCCUUAUAAUUUAGGUUCGACAAAUGCGGAACGUAAAUGGAUACGUCGCUUAUAG